GUCAUAACCACGAACCGCACACUCCCAACAGUACCCUCAUGAGCGUGGUGAUACCUUCCUCCGCCGCUGGCUGGCCCCACAAUGGGACCGCUACCACCAUACCAGCGAAACCACCUUCUCGAAAGCCAGCUCGUGUGUCCAAACCCCGAAAAGAGAAGCACUCACCUCAGAAGUUUGAUGCCAUAAACUACGAACGCAAUGAUGAAUUCAAGUUAGACUAUGAGCUAGCGUCCAGCAUUAGCCUUCGCGUAAACCAACUCAUCAAAAGACAGGUGUUGAUGAACUCCUUGAUUAAUGAGGACUCUCGCGCCAAUAUCAUUCGUUUGAUCGCCAACUCGAUUCUCCUGGAACACAAAGAAGUCAUUGGAUUUGCAGACCCUCGUCACUUCAAUACCUGGUACUCGCUGUCACCAGGGCUGACGGUGAACCCGAAUGCAAAUCUCAUCCCAUUAUCACCACUACUCAAUGACUCGGAUGCCGAAUAUCCUGCUCUGAACCCCUCGCCAAAUCCGAACCUGUCGGCGUUAGACUCAUUGACAUUACCUGGGAUCAGUACGAAUCUUAUGUUUGUUCACGGCAAUAACUUACACAAUGGCUCAGGAAACACGGUCAAUAACUCAUUUGUGAUCCCCAACCAAUUACUGCUUCUGCAGAUCCAGAACCAGGGAAAACAGCUACCCUCGUUUAACUCUAUCCAGAAUAGUUUACCGUUGUCUCCGACUGCCAGUGCUGCCACUCUAUUUGGUGCUACGUCGUCGCUACCCAACCCGAAUGGAAUCAUCACCGUGAACACCGUGAACACAAAUGGUACCGUCAAUAUGAACUCUGCCAGUACUCCCAAUACUACUUACGGUGGCAGUUCCAACUCGAGUCUACAGAGCAAUUACACUUCGUCCACUGGAACUAGCUCCACGUCCAAUACUUCGUAUAACAACUUCAAUACGUGGAAUCCUACGCUCAAUCCAUCAAAUUUGCUUAAACUGAACCCGAAUAAAAGCCUGGGCCAUUCGCAUGCAAAUAGCUCCAAUUUCACCACCAUUGCAAUGGGAUAUGAGUCUACUUCAGGCUCAUCGAAAGGCCCGGUAAAUCUGCAGUCUGGCAUCUCCAAUAACAACAACUACUUGGGAGCACUUUCAACGCUUUUGAACGUCCCAGGAGUGUCAUCGCCCAAUAGUAACUCCAAUAUUCCCGGUCAAAAUGGCUUGAAAUCGUCACCUUUCAUAGGAAACGACCUCCCACUCCCAUUCAAGCUCCGGACAGAGAGUGAUAGCGAAUAGUGAAAUAGCUACCGCUCUGUAGCCCUAAGGACUAGUAGAUCUAGGCUCCUUAACUUUCAAUUCUUGGUUUAUGCAUCUUCUACUUAGAGGUUAAUAGAGAAAUAGAUAGGUGCGAAAAA